AUGUCACUAGCCCUGGCCCCAGAAGAUUCCAAUCCCUCGAGCAUGCAGGUCAAGCUCAAUCCCCUCCUUCCCAGCUUAGCCGAGACAUUGGCUAUAACAGCUAGUGACACCAUCCUCAUGUCGUUGCGAGACAGUCCUCUUGUGAAUUAUUGGAACUAUUCUCAUCCACAACUUGACAACCCACUGAACCAGUGGUUCAGAGCCAAGAUCAAGUCAAAAGAGUACGCAUCGGGUGGCGUGGACAAUGCAUCAAAAGGAUGGGUUGUGGUUCUCAUUGCCACCUUCCUUCUCAAUGUGUAUCUGCUAUGCUACUUUAUCCUGCAACCGGGAUUUGUGACCGAUUUUACUCAGCCAGCACAGCUGUUCGCACUCGCUGUGAACUCACCUCCCACCCAAGCACUUGCAGGGAGCUGCGGAGGCGGGCCCGAGGGCAAGGAUUACAAAUUUGGCUGGUUCAUCAACCAUGAAGGUGGCCAUGUUUAUAUUGAACCAGUGCCAGGAACAAAGACGGCAUCGCUGACGGACCAGCAUGAUCAUAAUCGCAUCAUUGCCGCUCCAAACAGAUACUGGAAAGCUCUGACGGAGGGAUCAAUGUGGGGACGUUUCAAGUCGAACAAGGAAUCCCGUACAGGAAGAGCGACCUCAGCAUCCGAUGCUGAGCCGCUCCAACCUCCUCGCAACACUCAGAACGUACUACCAACACACUCGAGAUAUGAACUCGAGGAGAUGCCACCGCGCUUUUAG